UGACUUGUUUGCUUGAUCUAUAACGGAUGAGCAGCUAUGAUACAUUCCCAUUUAAAAGCAAUUAUCAAGUAUCAAAUCUACUUGGAUCUGGAGCAUAUGGACGCGUUUUUAAAGGGACAUCUUUAAAUGGAACGACGGUUGCAUUAAAAGAAAUACUGAUACCUACUGAUGAUGAAGGCAUUCCACUCAGCACUCUACGUGAACUUAGUGUUCUGAAGAAGGUGCAAUCCUAUAAUUGCCCUUACCUCGUACAAAUGCUUGACAUUUCAUUAAAAAAGCAGGAGACUGGGAUAUCGAUUUAUAUUGUUUUCGAGUUUGUUGAUUGCGAUUUAGCUCGUUUUCUUUCUCACCAUGUACCUUCGACUGGCCUUCCAUCUGAGACCAUCAGGAAUUUAUCUGAACAGUUGCUCCGUGGUACGGAUUUCCUCCAUUCACAUAGAAUAAUUCAUCGUGAUCUUAAACCGGCUAAUAUUCUCAUCAAUAAGGAAACCUUGCGCUUGAAGAUAACUGACUUUGGUUUAUCUCGUGUACUUGGUUGGGAGUCUUCACUCACACCGAUUGUUGUAACAUUGUGGUAUCGGUCUCCAGAGAUUUUAAUUCAAUCUGAAUACUUAUCACCUUGUGAUAUAUGGGCUGCUGGUUGUAUCAUAGCAGAAUUAUUCAACUUACAAGCAAUUUUCCGUGCAGAUACAGAACUAGAGAUGUUAAAACUUAUAUUUCAAGUUAUUGGAUUUCCUGCUCAAAAUGAAUGGCCUGCGUUGUCUUACUUGAAACGAUCUAAUUUUCAUUUCAACUCUUCUGGUUCAAAAUUACGUUCGUGUAUCAAAACUAACGAUAAAUCUGCACUCGAAUUACUUGAACUAAUGAUCCAGUUCAAUCCAAAAAAGCGAAUCACUGCCUUCGAUGCACUUUCACUACCGUAUUUUCAUCCUACUGUCACUAGUAGUACUAAUACAGGUGGAUCCGUUCAAAACAAUAUUCAACACAUUGAAACUGCUCUGCAUAAGCCAUUAUUAAGAAAUGUAAACGCUUCUCGAUCAAAUGGACGGCAAUCCCGCUACUCUGUGAAUGCCAUUUAUCCUACACAGUCAUGUGCAGCUGCAUUGUCGUCUUAUUUCCAGAAUAAUUUGCCUUCUGCAGUUAAUUUUCGACCAUGCCGUGUUGGUGGUGGUGGUAUUGAUGAAGUUGAUGGUUGUGUUCCAGUAACAAAUGCUCAACUUGUACCUCACACACUUCACUCAACACUUGAUCAUUUAGUUAAUUCUGCACUUACAAUUGACCAAAUGGUUCCCACUUCACGUAGUUCUGAUAUUGAUCAGCAUCAGCGUAAUUUGAUUAUAUCAGUUGUAAAUAAUGCCAUUAAUGAUAAUUCAUCAUCUGCACCCUUAAAUAACACCGACCAUAAUUCUGCCACACCACCUAGGAGACCGCUAACUAGACAACAAGCUAAAUCUAUCCGAAGGCAUACACAACCCACUAGAACCUGUCUUAUGGAAACCAAUUACGAAGUGAAUAAUUCACAGAAAAUUGGAACCCAGAAGACAUGCAAAAACUCCAUUGAAAUCUUAUCAGAUAAUACAUCUGUGCAAAAACCAAAUAAUGCAGACCCUUUAAAUGUAACAAGUCACAUAGUUAGACAGAAAAAAACAGCUCGCCGUCGAACAGUCAUGGGUGUUGUAGAGACAGCGAAUUCUUCAACUAAACAAACGAAGAAAAUUGAAACAAAUAACAGAAAUACUAGAAAAUCUAAAGAAGCCACACCUCUUACAAGGACAUUGAUGCCAAGUAAAGCGGAGAACUCUAUUAACUAUAUCGAUGCUUCUUUACCUUAUGUCUCACUUAAUCGAGAAGAGAUUUGCAAUAAACCAAUGCUCACCGUUACCACUACUUCUGGUAUUGAUGUUACUACUGAAUCAAAUGAAGCGAAAAGAAAAGAUAUUGAUGUAAAAAUUCUUCAACAUAGUAGUGAUGUUGGUCGAAUUUCAGAAAGUUGUCAACAAUUUUUAUCACAACAUACUACUGAUCAUCAUCGUUAUCAACAUUAUUCUCAUCAAGUUCGCCCAAGUUCACGAUUUUCACUUGGGCCUGCUUCAUCAUUAUCUUCCAACUCUACUUUGCAUUCAAUUCAUGAGCAUGAAAACUCUUCUAAUGAUAAUAAUCAUAAGAAAAAGAUGAAAGAAGCAAGAUUAGUAGGCAAUCAUCAACAAAUGUUAAUUAAAUCAACUAGUCAUCCACCGUUAACUACUGAAUUAGAUGAUAAUAAUGAGAACUAUUGUUUAUUAGGAAGUAGUAAUUCGACUAAAAACACAUCAACGACAACAACGGCAUCAGAGACAGAAACAAAAACAACAAUGACAUUGUGUUCUCCAUCAAAAUUACCUCGUGUUAUUGAUCAGUUUUCUUCAAGCACUCUUGUUAACACUUCACUAUUACAAUCAACAAAUAAUCCAAAUUGUGUAAAAACACAUCAUUUUACUAAACAAGGAAAUAUUAACGUCGAUGAAGACGAUACAACUGAUGAUGAAAUCGAUUCAGAUGAUAUUGAUGAAAAUCAACCAGCUAAUACAAGUCUUGGCAUUAAUACAGCAAUGACCGGUUUAGCUCUAGUCAAUAGUCAUAGUAAUAGCAAUAGUAAUUCUAGUCAAUAUAAAAAUACUACUACUACUGCUGCUGCUACUACUACUACUAGUAAUAAUAAUAGUAAUAGUAAUAGUACCGCUAAUAGUUGUAAUAAUAGUACAAAUAAAAAGGAAAAUGACAAUAAUCAUUCAGUUUUAACAUCUUCAACAAUCGCUAUUAGUAAUAAUAUUGAGUCAAAUAACAAGACAAUCCCUGUCUCAUUAUCAAAUAAUGUUGCAGUUCAAUUGACCGCUUGCUCAUUAGAUAAGUUUUUAUUUAAAUAA